CGCACGCGCCUGUUCCCGUCUAAUCGCGCGAGCGCCAGCCAGCCACAACACUGGCUGCUGGGUCGGCCGGAGAGGAUGUUACCGCGCGUGCGCAGAGUGGGCGGCCGUUGUCUCAGUCAGGGAGGGGAGGCGGCAGCGGCGGCUCCUCUCAGUUCGGCCAUGAACGGCUUCCGUGUCGGGGCGACCCCCUUGGGCUUCUCCGCGGCGGCUGCCCGGAGCGGCAGCAGCGAGAGCCUGGAGAAGAUCGACAUGUCGCUGGAUGAUAUAAUUAAAUUGAAUAAGAAAGAAGAAAGAAAGCAGUACUCCCCCAAAAUGAACAGAAGGCUUCAACAGAAUGGAACUCGACAGUUCAGGAUGAGGGGGACCAGGUGGGGAAUCCAACAGCAGACAGGUUUCGGUAAGAACCGUUUGGGACGCAGAAGGAGGGUAACAGGGAAGAAGCGGCCCUAUGGAGUUAUAACUGGCUUGGCAGCGAGGAAAGUACUAGGUUCACGUGGAGGGAUUAGUCCUCUGAACAGACAACCACUUAGCGAGAAGAACACACAGCGAAACUACCCAGUUUUGAAAAGGAAAAUGACCCUUCAGAGGCCAUUUGAAUUGCAGAGAAAACAAAUGCCAGCUCUCAGGAGGCCUGUCCCAUUAAACAGGAGGAGUAAUAUACCAUCCACUUUUGCCAGAAUUGGAAAUAAACUAAACCAGCAGAAAGACAUGCGUCAAGCAACUUUCCUCUUCAGGAGGGGUCUGAAGGUGCAGGCACAAGUACAGCCAGUAGAAGAACUUCUGGAUAAUCAGGCAGCAAAGAGAACUCGCCAAUGGCGUACUUCUACCACAAAUGGAGGCAUUCUGACUGUAUCUAUUGACAACCCUGGAGCAAUCCCAUCCCCAGUUUCCCAGAAGCCACGGCUAACUCGUGUUCCUAUGCCUCCAUUUCUAAUGAAGAAGGAGCAACCAGAAGAGAAGAAGAUUCCCAAAGGAGUUACGUUGCAAUUUGAUAUCAACAGUGUUGGAAAACAGACUGGAAUGACUUUGAAUGAGCGCUUUGGGAUCCUCAAGGAACAAAGAACAGCCCUGUCUCAGACCAAAGGAAGCCGUUUCGUAACAGUGGGUUAAAGGCUGUUGAAAGGACACAUAUAUAAAGACUCCACCGAGCUGAGAAACUGGGAUGAAAGUGGGCAGAAGAGUAUAGCAUAUGUCAUUGAAGUUCUCCAGACUUUUUGUUAGGAUGCUGACACAACUAAAUAUCCUUAUUGAUUUUACUUUUAAUAGUAAAAAGACACAAUGACCCAGGCAAAAAUGGGGCAACUGA